AUGAAGGCAGCUCAGGACCGUCAGAAGAGUUACGCAGAUAGACGACGCUGGGAUUUGGAGUUUGAUGUGGGUGAUCAUGUGUUUCUUCGAGUCAUGCCGAUGAGGGGUGGUCAUCGCUUUGGAGUAUCUGGCAAGUUGAGUCUUUGUUAUGUGGGACCGUUCGAGUAUGUGGCGGAUCCCGGGCAUGUUAUUGACUAUAACCCGCUCGUGGUGCAAGAGGACAUGUCAUACACCGAGUUGCCUGCCAGUAUCGUGGAUCGGAAAGAGAAAGUGCUCCGCAACCACACGAUUCCCUAUGUAAAGGUCCAGUGGCAGUGA